UUGGACACAACCAUUUGUUGAUAAUUUGGCUGGAUGGUCUGAAAGCGCCGGACCGCAAAUUGACAAAUAUCCCAGAUUCGGUUCUUUUAAGAAAGAUGAUAUGGAGUUAAUGAAAUCCAUGGUUAAAGCUGGAUGGGGUAAUCCCCAGUGGGAUUAUAAAUAUAUGUGCGAAUCGUAUGAAAUUUGGCAAAAAAUGAAAAAAAUAUGGAACCAAGGUCCCGAGCGUGUUGAUAAAUCGAACAAAAUCUCGAUCGAUGCACCGUCAACUGUAAAGACACCUCCACCUUAUGAUACAACCGUAAUUUCUGUCCAAACUCAUGCUCACACCAACUCAAAUUUGUAUCCCUCAUUGCUUUCUUUUUCCUCGUGUGCACAACCCCCUCCCCCUCCCGAGUUAAACAAAGAAACUUUACACGCUGCAGCUCAGCCCUCAAUGGCUUGGGUCCAAGAAGGUCCUAGAAUUAUUCUUAAACCGGCAACAAUGACAGACAUUGAUACUAUAUGUAAAACUCUCCCUAACCCGAAUAAUUCUAACAAAUUUGUAGAUGUUUUCCGCUCACACACAAGAUAUGCGCAAUUAAGCGCAUAUCUUGAUGAUGUUACUGAAUCGUCUCUUAUUGUGGAAAUCCCUUCUUUAAGUCUUGAUAAUGAUGACUUGGAUGGCUCUGGUAUACAACGAGACCCUCAUGAAUUUUGGUGGGCCUAUCCCGAUAAUGUCACUAAAUUUUUCGAGCAGGUUAAGCUUUUUCUAGAUGCCCGUGCUCAUGUCUGUAGAGAUCUGACCCAUGCCACAAAUACCAAGCAAAAUAAGGGCGAAUCCGCUUCUGCUUUUGUUUCUCGUUUUAAACGUGUGUGGGAAGAAGAUGCUCGUAUUCCAGUAAGCGGUGAAAUGUCCUCACUGUUUAUAAAUACGUGCUUAAAUAAUAUGAAUCCUGAUUUGGCACAUUUGGUUCGUGUAACGACUGCAAAUUUAAUGCAACAAACUGUUGACUUACUAACGCAUUCAUGAGUUAGAUGCAUCUGGUGGUUUCACUUCUUUUCUGUUUAAGCCGAAACAUGAAGUUAUGCUGGCAGCUUCUCAACAGCAAAUGGCUGCAUUGUCGGUGCGUACCAGAGGGAACCAAAGGGGCGGACCUCAAUAUAAUCGGGGCCCGCCUCGGGGAGGUCUUAAAAGGUACGGGGUGUGUCAUAACUGUGGCAAAUCAGGCCACUGGGAGAGAGAGUGUAGAUUGAAACAGGAACAUGAUAUCGUACGUCUGCCUCGAGCACCACAGAUCAACCAAACUCAAGCACCACUAUAUGGCAUUGGUUCUGCUGAAUCGCGGAGAUGCAUACAAGCUUCUGUUAGAGAGCACUGUGCUGGACCCAAGAUUCCAGACUCUACCGCAGCUAGACCAUAACCAAUGCGAGUCUGUCUUCCUGAGGGUGCAGACAAAGGCUGAACAAUGGCAGCAAAAUCAGGCCAACAGGUGCUGAUUCGGAGUCUGAAACCAGUCGCCGUGGGGGAACCGAGAUACCUGGGCCCAGCUGUAGUUAUCGCAGUAACGAGAACUGGAGUGCUUACGGAUC